AUCUCUCUUUCUCUCUUUCUCACUUCCUCUCACAAUUGUUUCCAAGGACGACAAAAGCCAAAACGAAUUCUUUUCCCUCUUGUGCACUAUUGGCUAUUACAAUGAUGCGCUCCAACCUUCUUUCCACUCUUCUCGUUUGUGUAUCCCUCCAUGGUGUGUUGGUCGACGCUACCGACUCUGUGCUGGGCGUCCAUGGCUCGGGUACUAGCAACCCUGCUCGUUGCUACGGAUCCGUCAUUGAAGAAUUGCAAGCCCGCUCCAAGGUACCAUUGCGCAUGACCUACCGUUCUGUGGGAUCUUCCAUUGGUCUGGAAGAGUUUGUGAAUGAGUUCAACCCUCUCCGUUCUGCCGAUGAUUUUGGAUCUGGAGAGAUCCCCUUGUCCACGGAACAGUGGCAGACAUUCCAAGAUGCCAAUGUGACUGUCAUGCAGCUACCCACCCUCUUUGGAGCCGUGUCCUUCUUCCAUUCGGUGCCUGACAUGCCCAACCUGAACUUGACCUCCUGUUUGUUGGCGCGCAUCUUUAUGCGAGACAUCAAGGAUUGGGCUCAUCCAGAUAUCCGGGAAAUCAAUCCUGGUCUUGACAGGCUGUUUGCUGGCGACAAUUCCAACAGUUUGGGAGCGUCUUUGCGCAUCCGCGUGGCCCGUCGAGAGGAGGGAAGUUCCAAUACCAACGCCAUUACUCAGUACUUGAGGGUUGCCUGUCCCCAACACUUUCCAGCUGACAUGGUAGGGCCUCUCCCGGAAUGGCCCAUUGACACGGAAGCCUGUCGGGGCACCUUGGGGAUGAAUGAUUGCAUCACUCAACGUGCUGGAACAAUCGGAUACAAUGACGCUGGUAUUGGUCUUUUUGCUGGAUUGGAUGAGAUCUCCAUCAAGAACAAAUAUGGCCGUUUGCUCACCUCCCAAAUUGCCGCUGCCAACGGUGGUAUCGGGGCCAAAGAAUCCGGUGUUUUGCCUUCUGACCCCACUGCUGAUUUUGGUCGAGUAUCUUUGCUCGACCAGCAGGGAGAAUACACAUGGCCCAUCACUCUCCUGACCUACAUUUAUAUCCGCACAGACUUGUCCUUCAAGACAGAUCCUGCGGAGCGUGGUCUUUUGAUUACCUUUUUGAAGGCACUCUACGAUCCCAAUUAUGUUUCGCGUUGUCAAUCCAACUAUGGAUUCUUUUUGGCGGAUGGUCCCGCCCUAGAAUUGGGCAUGAAGGGAAUUGAAUUGCUGGAGAGUGUCAAUAUUUCUCCAGAAGACCCUCAAUGGACAUUUGAAGACAAGCCUGAACCCAUUGUUGGCGCAGGAGCAUAUGUUCUUUCCUCCAACAGACGCAACUUUCCAGCAGUUGAGCGCGAACACAAUCUGGAUGGUGUGCAAGAUCUACGUGCGGUCAUCUUGCAACUCGAGGAACAGGUCGCCACUUUGCAAACCGAAUUGGAGAAUCCCAGUAGUGGUGGUGGCAAUGAUGAAGCCGAGUUUUCACACAAGUAUGAAGCCAUGAUUGUGGCAGGCCUCACCAUGGCAACACUCUCAUUGAUUUUUGUCUUGGGGCUUGCUGCUGUGGUCAUUACCCAAAGCCGAGCCGGGGGAAAGUAGGCUGAAGCUCAGUAACUUGGGACUAUUUACAUGUUGUUGUAUGGUUACGACACAAUAACGCACACUACAUAGCAAAUUUACACAUCCAGCCAAUCCCGUAUUCCGUGGAACUGGUCUAGCUAUUAAUAUCACAAACUGCAGCAUACUCGUACUAGGCUAACCUAGAUUCAAAGAUUCAACACCACUACAUCAUCUCACGGGCACUGGUUUGCAUCCAAUUGUAGUUGGAAUCGGCGUGGAGGGAGCAACCAAUUCCUCUUCCUCCUCUUCCUCGUUACUACGCCCACAAGCCGGGAGAAGCUUCUGGCCGCAACACCACGACCAGUUGACGGCGGCCUUGAUGAGAAGCAACAUUGGGUCAGGGGACAAAUCAAGUUUGCUUGGAUCGACCUCGAACUGCAACAAGGUGGUCAAAAUCAAGCCCUGCAAUUGUUCCUGGAAGCUUGAUGCCAGAUCGCAGACUCGCUUUUGUCUCUUCAAACUGUACUUUUGCGUAGUCAAGUGAGUGUAAAUGCAUUCUUGACUUCUCAUUUCCUUUUUCUCCAGAAUUCUCGCGGCUCUCUUCUCGGGGAUUCUCAUCGUCCUCUCCUACCGCGGUCUUACUCUCAAUCAGAGUACUAGUAUGGUGAGGUCUGAUCGGAAAACCUUUGCCGAUCAAGGUUUCCGCCAUCGCCAAAGUCAUUUGCCUCAAGUCCCGCUCCAUUGUUUCCUUCGCAACUGACAACACCAUGCAAACAAUCUGGUUCGAACCCAUAGAGUCCCAC